AUGUCUGCCGAAAUGGCGAACGAGAUCAAGUUGAUCAGUGGCCGCAGCCACCCCGAGCUGAGCGAAAAGAUUGCGAAGCGACUGGGUAUCAAAGUUGCAAGAACGAUCUCGCUCAACUACUCGAACCAAGAGACCUCCUUCACAGUCGGCGAAUCGGUCCGCGACGAGGAUGUCUUCAUCGUGCAAUCCACCUCCACGGGCGAUGUCAACGAAGGUCUGAUGGAGUUGUUAAUCAUGAUAUCGGCAUGCCGGACUGCUAGUGCCAGGAGGAUAACAGCCGUUAUCCCGAAUUUUCCCUAUGCUCGACAGGACAAGAAGGACAAGUCACGAGCCCCCAUCAGUGCCAGAUUGGUCGCGAACAUGCUGCAGACCGCCGGUGCCAACCACAUCGUGACCGUGGAUCUCCAUGCUUCUCAGAUCCAAGGCUUCUUCAGUGUUCCAGUGGACAACUUGUAUGCCGAGCCGUCCUUCCUCCGCUACAUACGGGAGAAUUUCAAGACGGAAGAUUGCGUUAUUGUCUCUCCUGACGCCGGUGGUGCAAAGCGUGCAACAUCCAUUGCCGACCACCUCAACACGGCGUUUGCCUUGAUCCAUAAGGAGCGUCCCAGGCCGAACGUUGUCGGUCGCAUGGUUCUUGUUGGUAACGUUGAAGACAAGAUAGCCAUCCUUGUUGACGACAUGGCCGACACAUGUGGCACCCUGGUGAAGGCGGCAGCAGUGCUCAAGGAGAAUGGCGCCAAGUCUGUCCUUGCCCUGGUUACUCACGGAAUCCUGUCGGGCAACGCCAUCGAAACGUUGAACAGUAGCGUGCUUCAAGCCUUAGUCGUCACAAAUACCGUGCCGCUGGGCGACAAGGUAGAGCGGUGCCCCAAGCUCCGCGUUAUUGAUAUCAGCCCGACGCUUGCAGAGGCCAUCCGUCGUACACAUAACGGUGAAUCGGUGUCGUAUUUGUUCAAUCACGCCCCCGUAUAAAGUCGGCCCACAGUGGCGGCAUCCCCUGGUCAAACCCAGGUAGCGACGAAGAGACAUAUUUGAGAGAGUAUGGUAAAGAGCAACGACUACUUGGUACUGAGGAUUACACAAUGUUUGGGGUGUUCCAAGCAAGCAGACCUAUGGAGUAUAGCGGUGUACAAAGGAUAUCAAGGCUUGGCUGGAGACUGGAGUUUAGUGUCGCAAAAGAAUGGAAUUCAAUCAAAGUUCUGCAGCCUUCGUAUACCGCGAGAUCGCACAGUGCUCUGUGCUUCCUAUUAGACUAUGGGUACUGCUUCCAGGUAUACCCAAAGAACAUCAUGGACUAGUAGAACACUGGCCCAGAUUUCUGAAAUGCCUUUGGAAUUAGGAAUAAUAAGUAUCCCUUGUUACUACAAC